UGAGUUUAGUUGUUGACGAUAUAUUUGAAGUAAAAAGUGAUAGUUUUUUGCUAAAUUUAAGAAAAAAAAGACGUGUAAAGCUAAAAAGAAGAUUACAUAUAGUAAGAUAUUCAUUAAAACGAAAAAUUCCCAAAAAUAAAUCUUAUUUUGAAACAAUAAAAUUGUUUCCCGAGGACGUAUUUUAUUCUCAUUUUCAAAUGAAUUGGUCCACUUUUGAGUGUUUGAAAGCCGAUUUAACCCCAUUUUGGUCAACCGCAAGGACUGGUCGUUGCGGAAAAUCUUUGGAUAAAUGUUUGUACGUAACAUUAUGGAAAUUAUGUAAUAGCAGGGUCACUUUCCGAUAGCUUUCGGAUCGGUUUGGUAUUGCGCAAGGAGCUGCACAUUACCUGUUCAAAAAAACAAUUAAAGUCCUUUGUGAAUUGAAGAGCGAAAUAAAAUGGCCAUCUGUUGAAAAGCAGCAAACAAUCAUGACGAAGUUCGAAAACAGCAGAGAGAAUCCGUUUCCCUUCUUAAUUGGUUGUUUAGAUGGAACGCACUUCAAUAUACCCACGCCUAGUGAAGAUGCUAUUAGCUACUAUGACCGCAAAGGGAAACAUUCUGUCCAAAUGCAGGCCAUAUGUGAUAGUCAAUUUCGUUUUUUGGAUGUCUUUAUUGGUUAUCCAGGCAGCUGCCACGAUGCUAAUGUCUGGAGAAGUAGCCCAGUAUUUAAUGGCAUAACGUCCGGGAGACAGCUAGCACCAGGUGCAAUAAUAUUGGGUGAUUCCGCGAAAGACAAUCCCUUAGAACAUAUUGAUGAAAUGGCACCACAGCAGCAUGGCAACAUAGAAGCUGCAAGUGAGUUGGAGACACUUCAAGAUCCCCCUUUAUGGUCCGCUGAGACGGAUGAUGAAAAUGGAGUUGAUAGAAGAAAUUAUUUAAAAACUCUUUUCUCCUCAUAA